CGCGCAGGGUGAGGACGGGGGAGAGCGCACAGACUCCAGGCGCAGCAGCAGUCCGUCUUCGGCUCCAUCCUCAGCUCUCAGCGAUUCUUUCACCCGUCAAUCAAACCCUGAAGGACUAUGACCCCAGACUUAAGGUGAAUCUGGGCUGGGAGAUAACACGUCUGUGAGCUCAGCGUCAGAAACAUGAGGACUACUCUACAGGCUGUUUUGUGGCUCUGCCUGGGCCUGUGCGUUGAGGCUCUGUCCCUGAGUGGAUGGAGGGUAGAGUCAGGACGAGGAGAGGGGAGCGAGGCAGAGAGAGGAGAGAAGCUGCUCCGCAGAGUCAGACGAGGCUGGAUGUGGAACCAGUUUUUCCUGCAGGAGGAGUACACAGGCAGCGACUACCAGUACAUCGGCAAGCUCCAGUCGGACCAGGACCACGGAAACGGUCAAGUGAAGUACGUUUUGUCCGGAGAGGGGGCGGGCACCAUCUUUGUCCUUGACGAGAACAACGGUGACCUGCACGCCACGCGCCGUCUGGACCGAGAGGAGAAGUCGUUUUACAUCCUCAAGGCCACGGUGACCAACAAACAGACGGGAAUCAAGCUGGAGCCGGAGACCGAGUUCACUGUCAAACUCCACGACAUCAACGACAACGAGCCCCAGUUCGACAAAGAGGUUUACACGGGCAGCGUGCCCGAGGGCUCGGAUAUCGGUACGUCGGUCAUCCAGGUGACAGCCACAGAUGCUGAUGACAGUAUGUAUGGAAACAGCGCUAAACUGGUGUACAGCAUCAGCCAAGGUCACCCGUACUUCUCUGUGGACCCAAACACAGGAGUGAUCCGGACCGCCCUGGGUCCUAGGGACAUGGACCGCGAGCAGAGGGAGCACUACCAGGUGGUGAUCGAGGCUAAAGACAUGGCCGGGCAGAGAGGGGGGCUCACCGGGUCCACCAUGGUCAACAUCUCCCUCACCGACGUCAACGACAACCCGCCUCAAUUCACCCAAAGAAUUUACCAGUUCAGAGCCUUUGAGUCGUCCAAGUCUGGUACUCCAGUUGGGAGGAUCAAAGCUACCGACAGAGACAUCGGGAAGAACGCUGAGAUGUACUUCACCAUCGUCAGCGGAGACGGCAUGGACAUGUUCGACAUCUCUACCGACAAAGACACUCAGGAAGGCGUCAUCACCGUCAGCAAGCCUUUGGACUUUGAGAAGAAGCCGUCUUACACAGUGGAGAUUCAGGUCCAGAACACACAGCUGGACCCGCGCUUUUCCUCAGCCGGCUCCAAAGACAUGGCCACGGUUCGGAUUGCCGUGGAGGACGUGGACGAGCCGCCGCUGUUCGACAAAGCCAGCUACUUGAUGGAGGUGAAGGACGCUGCAGUGGCCGUGGGCUCAGUCAGUGCCAUGGAUCCCGACGGAGCUCGAAGCAUGGUCAAGUACUCGAUUGACCGUCGCACAGACAUGGACCACCUGUUUAACAUCCACCCAGGAAACGGGUCUGUGUUCCUGCUCCAGGGUCUUGACAGAGAAGCGAGCGCCUGGCACAACAUCUCCGUCAUCGCUACUGAGUUCAAUAAUCCUCGUCAGAGCAGCCAUGUUCCCAUCUUUAUCCGCCUGCUCGACAUCAACGACAACGCCCCCACCUUCGCCACAGUGUACGAGACGUAUGUGUGUGAGAGGACGAAGGCCGGCCAGAGGAUCCAGACAGUGAGUGCAGUGGAUGCAGAUGAGCCUUCAUCGGGACACAAGUUCUUCUUCAGCCUGGCUCCUGAGGGGACGCAGCGCAGCAACUUCACCGUCCGAGACAACGGAGAUAACACAGCCGGCAUCCUAACACGCAGAGGCAGCUACAGCCGCCUCCACCAGAGCGUCUACCUGGUCCCUGUGGUGAUCACUGAUGGAGACUACCCCAUGCAGAGCAGCACGGGUACCCUGACCGUGCGAGUGUGCACCUGUGACCGUGAAGGCAACAUGGAAGUGUGCAACGCCGAGGCUCUGAGCAGCGCUCCUGGACUCAGCACUGGAGCUCUCAUCGCCAUCCUGCUGUGUGCCAUCAUUCUGCUCAUGAUUGUGGUGCUGUUCACGGCUCUGAAGCGCCAGAGGAAGCAGGAACCGCUCAUCAUCUCCAAGGAGGACGUCCGGGACAACGUGGUGAGCUACAACGACGAGGGCGGCGGCGAGGAGGACACCCAGGCGUUCGACAUCGGAGCCCUGCGUCACCCAGACACCGCCGCCGCCUUGGAGGAAUCCGCCAAACAGAGGCGUGACAUCAUCCCCUCUGACACCCUGCUGUACCCGCCGCACCGCCGGCCCGCCCCCGCCGCCUGCAGCCUCAUAAUGCCGCCAGUCAGCGUGGCGACGCGCGACAACGGGGACGUGCGAGAGUUCAUCAAUCAGAGGGUGCUGGAGAAUGACUGUAACCCGACGGCGCCGCCUUACGACUCGCUGGCGACCUACGCCUACGAGGGGGCGGGAUCAGUGGCGGAGUCGCUGAGCUCCUUGGGGACGGUGUCGUCUGAAGCCGAGCAGGACUACCACUACCUGAGUGAAUGGGGGCCCAGGUUCAGGAAACUAGCUGAUCUAUACGGGGCCGAGGACAGUGACUUCUCCUAACACACACACACACACACACACCUCCACGUCAGAGACGGAAUCACUGCAGGGCCGAGCACACACACACACGUUACUGAACGGUGCUGAGCAGCUUUAAGACAAAACACAGACAACACACGAUGAAGCAGGGGGAUGUGCUGGUUCAUUUCAUUUGUUUCAAUAGGAGGAUCAAGGGCCCUCGCCCUCGCAGCACAAGGAUGAGAGAAGCUUACCGGUUAGAGGUCUUCAUGUGUCCACAUGGACUCAGUGAAUCAGGACAGGAUCUGGGAUCUUGUAUGGCUUUGGGUCCUGAGUCUCUUUACCGGUUUGUGUUAGACCCAGGUGGAUGCUUAAAAACACAGAAUGAAGCAGUGUACAGUGUCCAAAGUGAGGAAUCCCUGAAAACACAGUCAGGAUGCACUGUGGAGGAUGUCACAGAUGUGUGUCGCUGUGUCGUCGACAUUCAUGGAUCCUUUUAGCCUGCACCAUCAACCUGUUGCAGUUUGGUCAGCUUUUGUAAAGGUGGUCAUAACAGUGAGGCGUACCUCUAGUGGUGUCAGAACACAGCGGGCAGGUGUUAAAAUACUCACAGUCCAACCUUCAGUAUGUCAGACAGAGUACUGGUUAGAGUCACUUUAUAUUCUGCAGACAGUCAGCUGUUAGCUAGCAGUCAAGUUUCACGAACAGAUGGUCAACACUGUUAAAUUAUGUUGCUGCAUUACAGAGGAAAGUAACAUGUUUAUGUUACCGACAAUUCAAACCUUUUUUUGCAUCUUUAGCGUCGGGUUGUUUUGUCCGGACGCUGUGUAGCCUCCUGCACCUUUGAAUGUUUCAGGCCCAUAAUCUGUAAAUCUGCAGACAGAACAGGACUAACAGACUCACUAAACUUUAAAGAUCUUUGUAACAUAACAAUAAGUAAGGUCUUUUACCUGCUUUUUGUAAAGUGUCUCGAGAUAACACUUGUUAUGAGUUGACGCUAUAAAAAUAAAGAUUGAUUGAUUGAUAUAUUUAACAAUCUGAACACACAGACUCAGCUGAUUGAAUGAAAACAAUACAACACAGACUCAUAAAUUGACCACCAUGUUGUUUUUAAUAAUAUUCACAACAGGGAGAAUUCCCCAAAGUAAAUGUCGUCCUCUCUUCUCGCUAGUUGAGUUAGCUAUCUACACACAACCGGAGGUUUACCUGGUACACAGCUACCUGACAAGAUGUAGGAGAGACGUCAACAAUGAUCUAUACUCUAAUGAAUUACUUUAUAACGACCCCUGACCCUGACGGCCACAGACACAAAAUCAUCUCCUGCUGAGGGUUAAAUCAAAGAGUAACGCACAUCAGACACACAGCGACCUGUGACACCCAGAGCUAACGGUCCCACCUCAGCAUGAAGGCUUGUUUUUAAGGGAGUCCAGCACCUUGAACACAUUUCACCUGUUUUGUCUUCUAUCAAAUGUUUCUGCUCCAUUUGGGUUUAGGUCAUCAUUUGAAGACUUCUCUUUCAAAGUCUUUUCCAAAAUGGGAACAAGUGAAGGUAGAAAUGUGAAUCAACCAGCACAGAAAGAUGGAGGACAAUGAUCUUCAGCUCCCCCCUACAGACUCAUGUCAGGCCUAACUGCAGUUUUGAAUCAAGUUUUGUGUGUUUUUUGUAUCGGGAGUUGGAGUUUUGCUACCUUCAGGCUUUGCUUUAAUCUCUCCUUGGUGACCAAAUAAGUGUUCUGCAGAGUGUUUCCUGUGGCUCUACUGACCGGAGGGAAGUGUUUGUAACUGGAGCCCGCUCUGUAAUUUCCUGGGUGGACCACACACACGUUUGCUUCUGCAGAUUUCCAGUGAAGUGUGUGGCAAAGACUUUUUUUUUUUUUUUUUUUUUUUGACUAAGUGCCCUUCUGCUGCCCUUCACGCUGAACUGUGGACGCCUGAGGGGGCGAAUGACUCUCACAUGAUUGCUUUUUGUCUUUCUUGCUGUCUUGUACAAAGAACCAUUCCAGAGGAGCUGUUCGGUUUAAAAAAUAAAAAUAAAAAAUAAUCGCCUUCUUCGGGACACAGAGUAAAAAAAAAAAA